AUGGCCUCCGAUGCGGACGACGAUGACCCCUCGCGGGCGUUUGGAUCUAGGUUUGCAGAUCUAAUAAAAUGUCGAUCGGAUCAACACGUGAAUUCUUCGAACAUAACCUAUCAAGGGAAACAGAAAACAAAGAAACGUUCUGGAAAACGUGAUGAGUACCUCGAAUAUCAGUAUACUAAACAGAUUAGAGUGGAACUCAGCAACAACGGACCAAGAUUUUUAAUUCUCAAGCGAACUGAGAAAGGUGAAACGAUGAAAUCAGUUUCCCCGUUCUUUAUUAAGAAAGCGAUGGAUAGCAUCACACCUAACGUGAGCAUCAGCCGUAUGCAAGAUGGCGAAUCAUUGCUGAAGACUGUUGACAGAAAACAAGCUGAAAAACUCGUUAAACAGACAUCGCUUGGAGGAAUUCCUGUCAGUAUUGUAGAACAUGGCUCACUUAACAACUCCAUUGGUACGAUAUUCUGUUACGACCUCAAAAUGCACAAGGAUGAGGAGAUACUUUCGGAAUUGUCAAGCCAAGGUGUAACACAGGUUAAACGUAUGCAACGCAAAAACAGUGAAGGAAAGCUUGAGGAUACUGGUUCAUUUAUCCUUACAUUCAACCUUAGUAACCUUCCAAGCUCAAUCGACGUAGGAUUUUACUCCUGUAAAGUACGCCAAUAUAUCCCUAACCCUCUCCGCUGUAUGAAUUGCUUAAGGUUUGGUCAUAAGAAAACACAAUGCAAGGGCAAUCAAAUCUGUGGCAGCUGCGCACAUUUGUUCCAUGGAGAUUCGGAAUGCGAAAAGAAAUUUUUCUGCAUCAACUGUCAAGGAGAUCAUCACGCGCUUUCUAAGGAAUGUCCCAUCUACAUUGACGAAUAUGAGAUCCAAAAGAUCAAGGUCUCAGAAAAAAUAUCGAUGAGAGAGGCUAGAAUGAAAAGAAGACUACAAACACCAUAUCCUGCACCGCCGAGACAACGACGCUCUUACGCCGAAGUCACGAUGAAUCAAGGUCAACGUAAGCAACUAGAACGCCCCGAAGGAAAAAGUGCCCCGUCAAAUCAUGCGAGAAGUGGAAUAACACCGUCCAGUGAUCAGGUUGAUCGACCUGAACCAGAAGAGAGAACAGAGAUGCAAACCGGAACCAGCAAACAAUACACCAAUACUAUCGCUUCCGUUGCGGUAGUAUCUCCAGCCAUCGAGUGUUCGAUGGCUUCCCCCCCGACAUCUGCAGAACAGAUUUCUAAGAUAAGUAGUACUAAUACAACAAACCAAAAUGAACCGAAUACUAUUGAGAACUUAGAUAGUUAUACUAAUAAUACCGAUAAUAACUCAGAACUCACUAACCUCAGUUUUUUCACGCAAGCGAUAAGAGAUUCUAUUCAUCUUGAUGAACUUGUUUGA